AUGUCUACUCGAAUAUGGCAAGAUUUUUUUGUAUGCGAACAUGAGAAUGAGUUAUUAGCAAUCACCAAAGAAAAUAAUACAUGUAAAAAACGUACAGAGCAAUUUAAUUAUGGAUUAUGUCAUACAUAUAUUUGUGCAGAAUAUCGGAAAUAUCCAUUAUGUAAAUUUCAAUUGAAAGCAAAACAGUCGUCUGAUGGUACUUAUCAAUUAUAUUUAUCAGGGUCUCAUGAUCAUCAACAACGGAAUACAACAACUCGACUACCAUCACCAAUUCGAGAAGUUAUUAUUAGACUGUCAGACAACGGCUUAGUAACAUCUCAAAUUAAUAAAGUAAUGAAAGCGUUACAUCCAGAUUUGUCUAUUGAUACAAAAGUUAUGAAUGUUGCUCGUGUUCAACGUCAAAAAGAUAGUUCAAGUGUUAAAUUCAUUGAAGAUUUACAACAAUGGUGUUUAUUACGUCAAAAUGUACCACCACCAGAUAAACAACACGACAUAUUUAUACCUUAUUAUGUCGCUAAUGAUGUGAAUGAUUUAUUUAUAUGUUUAACAACACGUCAGUUAUUAUCUGCAUGCAAAUAUUCAUCAGUAUUAGCUAUUGACUGCACUUACAAAAUAACAACAAAUGAAUUACCAUUAUUAGUAUUUGGAACAUCUGAUUAUAAUCGUCGAUUUUAUCCAAUGGGUAUUUGUUUAAUAUCAACAGACGAAUCAGCGGAUACAUUUCGUACAUUAUUUCGUGGUAUUCAACAAUGGGCAUCAGCAGUUAAUAAUCAAGCCUACACAAUCUCACAUGUUUUAGCUGAUGGAGCACCUGGUUUAACAACUGCCAUGUCUGAAAUUCCGUUAGCAAGACGUUUAAUGUGCUGGUUUCAUAUGAUUCAGAAAUGUCGCCAACAUGCAAAACUAAUUAAAGAUAAAAAAAAAUGGUUAUUAGUCGAACAAGAUAUUUAUAGUAUGCAAUUAAUAUUUGACGAUCAAAUAUUUGCAAUAGCAUCACGUCUUAUGUUAUUAAAAUGGUCAGCAGAUGCUGAAUUAAAUGAUUUUCGACAAUAUUUUGAACAAGAAUGGAUAUUAUCGUUACCGUAUUGGUAUGAAGGAGCUGCUUGUUUAGCACCAUCAACAAAUAAUGGGCUAGAAUCACUUAAUGGUAGAAUUAAAAAAGAUUACACAUUAAGAAAUCGUCUUCCAUUAUCUGCAUUUUUAAAAAUAGCCGAACGAAUGCUAAUCGAUUGGUCAAAAGAUAGUGAAGAAAAACCAUUUCAGUUACAUAUUACGUAUAAAGAUGAUUUAAAAUUAAGUGCAUACACAUGGUUACAACAACUGGAUAAAACACAAAUAUUACAGAUGAAUGCAAAUGUUUAUGUAAUACCAUCCAAAAAUGGAAACAUGAGUACAACAACAUGGGUUCAACAAUUUCAUGCAAUGACCUGGAACAAUUAUGAUGAAUUAGUCAAUUGGCUCAAUUCAGCGCGUUUAAUAAGUUGUUUACGUUUACUACCACCAUUAUUUUGUACAUGUCGAACUGGUUUAAAAGAAUAUACGUGCGUACAUAUUUUAGGUUUAUUAAUGUUGUGGGGUAGUCAACCUAUGCCACAAUUAAUUGGUAAAAGAAAAGGAAAAGGUAGACCAAAAAAAGUUAAAUUAGCAUUAUCCAAAGAUUAA